AUGCACCAAUCUCAACCCCUCCCUGAUCAAUGCGAACAGUCCAAUUGGGUGGGUCGCCAGCGCGAGACAAGCAAGCCAAGCAAUGCCGAACCCGAUAAGAUUGGCCGGGUAGUGGAGGCACUCCCGCCCAUCAGACCAGAAGAUCAUUUUUUUUCCUCCCUGGACACUGUCGAGUCUCACACAGCCAUGGCCCAGCCUUUGGGAGACGAGGAGAAGGGGGUGCGAUUCUCUCCAGAUGUACAAUCAUCUUCAUCGGACAUUGCGCCUGGAGAUCCAUCCAUUCCAAACCCCCCAGCAUCCAAGUCGGGCAAUAUACUCAGCCGGCUGAAUGAGCGUCUUACAGCGCUGAAUUUGUUCGAGUCUCGUGGUAUCGAGCGUGUGCCGCUUCAUGAACGCCAUGAAGUUAAGGCCUCUGAUUACCUGCAGAUGAGUCUGCUGUGGUUCAGUACUAAUAUUACGGCGAACAAUAUGGCUCUCGGGAUGCUGGGCCCACUGGGUUUUUCGUUGGGGUUUGUUGAUUCUGCUCUCUGUGCAACGUUUGGCGCGUUGCUUGGGGCUGCGGGUGUGGCCUAUAUGGGCACGUUUGGACCAGCUAGUGGAAAUCGGACCAUGGUUGUGGCACGAUACUUCAUGGGUUACUACCCAAGCAAGAUUGCUUGUCUUCUGAACAUCAUCAUCAUGCUAGGUUAUGGCAUGAUAGAUUGUGUAGUGGGUGGGCAAGUUCUAUCUGCCGUUGCCGGGGGUCGUAUGACCGUCAUCGUGGGCAUCAUAAUCAUUGCCGUCGUUACCUGGGUGGUAGUUUUGUUCGGCAUGCGCUUGUUCCAUGUCUACGAGCGAUGGGCGUGGAUCCCACAGAUCAUCGCUGUAUUUGUACUGGUCGGUAGUGCGGGUCCCAAGUUUGACACUUCGAUUGUUUCGACCGGCUCAUCUCAAACCAUUGCUGGAAACCGAUUGUCGUUCUUUUCACUUUGUCUCUCAGCUUCUGUGGCUUGGGCACCUGCAGGCGCAGACUUUUACGUCUACUUCCCGCCUACCACGUCAAAAUGGAAAACUUUUCUAAUGACAUUCCUGGGCGUGGGACUGGCUCUUACCAUCGCUAACGUGAUGGGGGUCGGGCUCGCGUCAGGCACUCUGACCCAUGCAUCAUGGGGGGACGCCUACAGCACUUCAUCGGGGGCCUUGAUCCUCGCUGGUUAUGAGGGCCUUGGCGGAUUCGGAAAAUUUAUGGGCGUCCUCGUCGCUUUGGGCCUUAUUGCAAACAACAUCCCCGGUACAUACUCAGCUUCCCUAGGCUUCCAGAUUAUGGGCCGUCAUCUGGCAAGGCUUCCGCGAUGGUUCUACUCUUGUGUCGGCGUUGUCAUCUACACAGCAUGCGCACUCGGUGGGCGGAAUCACUUAUACGAAGUUUUCGACGAUUGGCUAGCGCUGAUGGGAUACUGGGUGACUAUUUAUCUAGUCAUCGCCGUGGAAGAACAUCUUAUUUAUCGCCGAUCGGUUGGAUUUGACUGGGAUGCGUGGGCAGAUCCGGCCAAACUGCCGAUCGGCAUUGCGGCACUGUUGGCCUUUUUGAUUGGUUGGGUUGGGGCUAUUGUAUCGAUGGACCAGGUAUGGUAUGUUGGACCGAUUGCGAAGAUGGUUGGCGAGGAUGGCUCGGACAUGGGUAUUUGGGUUGGUGUCGCUUGGGCGAUGCUGGUGUACCCGCCGCUCCGAUGGGUGGAGCUGAAGAGGUUUCACCGGUGA